AUGCUAUCCUUCAGUAGAAAGCUCAUAUCGGCAGCGUAUGUGGCUAUUAUUUUCCGCAUAGCAGCAGCAUGGAGCCCUCCACCCGAGUACGCCCUCUUCGCCUCCGAAAAUGGCCACUACUUCCAGACCAUAGACCACAAGCCCUUCUUCUGGCAGGCAGACACCGCGUGGUUUCUCUUCAACCGUCUCUCGUUUGAAGAAACCGACACAUACUUCAAAGACCGGCACAGCAAAGGCUUCAAUGUGGUUCAGGCCGUCGGGGCGCAUCCAGAAAGCAUCACCGAGCCAGACCGCCUCGGAAACCCGUCCUGGAUCGACGGCGACGUCACGCGACCAAACCUCGACCACUGGGCGUUCGUCGACAAGGUGAUGCAACAUGCGUGGGAGGAGUACGGCAUCCGUAUCGCGCUGCACCCGGCGUGGGGCAAGUACGUGCACAACGAUGCCGGCGUUCCUGGGUUCUUUGUUGCGGCCGCUGCGAGGCUGUUUGGAGAGUUUGUGGGGGAGCGGUAUCCGUACGUGCCCAAGAUCAUCUUUGGGGAUACGAAUCCGUGGUGGAAGAACAAGACUGCGAUCGCGAGAGAUUACGCCUACGGUGGUGUUAGGGGAACGAAGCUGUCCGGUGAGUAUGAAGUGAUCGACUUCACGGAUGUGUAUGAGGCCUUUGCGGAGGGCAUCGUGGAUGGUGAGAAGGCUGCUCUGGGGGAUGAAUGGCGCAAGCCUAUCGACAACGGCCUUGUUUACCAGCCGAUGGUAUCUAUGCACCCAACGAACCAAUGGUUCGCCGACGGUCCUCUGGCGCUGUCAAGUUCCUUCUUCGGGAACAGCUCGUGGCUUAGUUUCGACACGUCUCAGUCUGGCCAUUCGGACUAUCCUCCCAACGCCCCGAUUCCUUGGUGGUCUUGUCGCCGGGGAUGGGAGCCAGCCGAGCUGAUGUAUGCCGUUGGCGAGACCACCUCUGGCAAGAAACGUCCCGCAAUCGAGAACGAGCCGCAUUAUGAGGGCCGCUGGAACAAUGCCAAGGCUCACCUCAGUGUCUGGAACGCCAGCGACGUCCGGAUCGGAAAUUGGCAGACUGCUUUCGCCGGCAUGGCUGGUCUGACGUACGGAUCGAACUCGGUAUGGCAGAUGACGUCGGAACUCUACCCGAACGCCGGCGGAGGACCUCCGAUCUACUGGACAGAAGGCAUAGCGCAGCCUGGCUCAGCUGAGGUUCAGUGGGUUAAGAAGGCUAUUCUUGACCGUGGCCAGGAGACAUAUCUUGACAGGAUUCCAGCUCAGGAUAUCAUCGUCGGCAACGCUGGGAUAUCUGACGCCCGGAUCGCAGCCACUCGCGACAGCAAAGGAUCGUGGCUGAUGGUGUACUCUCCAAACUCUACCAUCAACAUCGACACCGGCAGUCUUACAGGGUGUAAUGUGACUGCGAGCUGGUUCAGCCCCGUGUCUGGCGAGUAUACGAAGUUUGACUACGAGCAGUGCACCGGAACGGGAGUUCGUCGCUUCGAGUUGCCUGUUGAAGACGGCCAUCAAGACUGGGCCCUUGUUUUAGACGCCCAUGCAUGA